CACUAUGCGGCUGCGCAGAGAUCGACUUUCGAGGAGGCGGAGUCUCGUCUUUCGCCGGCUGGAAAAGCAGGGUGAUCGGCUAGUAGCGACAGCAGAAGUCAAGCCUUAGCCCUGUCGGGGCAGUGGGCUUUAAAUCCCUGCCUGACCAAAGUGACCUCAAAAAGGAGGAAAGAUGGCUUCUGAAUCUGAAACCUUGAAUCCCAGUGCUCGAAUAAUGACCUUCUACCCGACUAUGGAGGAGUUCCGAAACUUCAGUCGUUACAUUGCUUAUAUUGAAUCCCAAGGAGCUCAUCGGGCUGGACUGGCUAAGGUUGUUCCUCCAAAGGAGUGGAAGCCACGAGCCUCCUAUGAUGAUAUUGAUGACCUGGUUAUUCCAGCCCCCAUCCAGCAGCUGGUGACAGGGCAGUCUGGCCUCUUUACUCAGUACAACAUACAGAAGAAAGCCAUGACUGUGCGAGAGUUCCGCAAGAUAGCCAACAGUGAUAAGUACUGUACCCCACGCUAUAGUGAAUUUGAAGAGCUUGAACGAAAAUACUGGAAAAAUCUCACGUUCAAUCCCCCAAUCUAUGGUGCAGAUGUGAAUGGCACUCUCUAUGAAAAGCAUGUAGAUGAGUGGAACAUUGGCCGGCUGAGAACCAUCCUGGACCUGGUGGAAAAGGAGAGUGGGAUCACCAUCGAGGGUGUGAAUACCCCGUACCUGUACUUCGGCAUGUGGAAGACAUCCUUCGCCUGGCACACGGAAGACAUGGACCUGUACAGCAUCAAUUACCUGCACUUCGGGGAGCCCAAGUCCUGGUACUCCGUCCCGCCCGAGCACGGAAAACGGCUGGAGCGCCUGGCCAAAGGCUUUUUCCCAGGCAGUGCUCAAAGCUGUGAGGCUUUUCUCCGCCAUAAGAUGACCUUGAUUUCUCCUUUAAUGCUGAAGAAAUAUGGAAUUCCCUUUGACAAGGUGACUCAGGAAGCUGGAGAAUUUAUGAUCACUUUCCCUUACGGCUACCAUGCUGGCUUUAACCAUGGCUUCAACUGUGCCGAGUCCACCAACUUUGCCACCCGGCGAUGGAUCGAGUAUGGCAAACAAGCUGUGCUGUGCUCCUGCAGGAAGGACAUGGUGAAGAUCUCCAUGGACGUGUUUGUGAGGAAGUUCCAGCCAGAAAAGUACAAGCUCUGGAAAGCUGGGAAGGACAGCACCGUCAUCGACCACACUCUGCCCACGCCAGAAGCGGCCGAGUUUCUUAAGGAGAGUGAACUGGCCCUGAGAGCCCAGAAGGAGGAGGAGUGCCCAGAGGAGGAGGACACGGAGGGGGUGGAGGAUGGAGAGGAGGGCGACCUGAAGAGGAGCCUGGCCAAGCACCGGAUCGGGACAAAGAGGCACCGCAUUUGUCUUGAAAUCCCUCAGGAGGUGAGUCAGAGCGAGCUCUUCCCCAAGGAGGAGCUGGUCUCCGGACAGUACGACAUGGUGGAGUGCCAGGCCGCCCUCGCUCCCGUGAGGCCCACCCACAGCUCCGUGCGCCAGGUUGAGGACAGCCUCAGCUUCCCAGAUUAUUCUGACUCCACCGAAGUCAAAUUUGAAGAGCUUAAAAAUGUCAAGCUGGAAGAGGAGGACGAGGACGAGGAAGAGGAGCACGAAGCAGCCGCCUUGGACCUUUCUGUGAACCCAGCUUCUCUUGGGGGACGCCUCAUCUUCUCAGGCUCCAAAAAGAAAUCGUCUUCCAGCUUGGGCUCCGGUUCUUCACAGGAUUCUGUCUCUUCCGAUUCCGAAACCAGUGAGCCUCUGUCCUGCCGAGCCCAGGGGCAGACAGGUGUCCUCACGGUGCACAGCUAUGCCAAAGGGGACGGCAGGGUCACCUCGGGAGAGCUGUGCGCCAGGAAGAAAGGGGGCACCACCCGGAGCAUCAGUGAGAGGGAACUGGACGAGGUUGCGGAUGAAUAUAUGUUUUCCCUGGAAGACAGUAAGAAGUCCAAGGGCCGCCGUCAGCCCUUAAGCAAGCUCCCCCGCCACCACCCGCUCGUGUUGCAGGACUGCGUCAGCGAUGAUGAGCUAUCAGAACAGCUGACCCCGGAGGAGGAGGCUGAGGAGACAGAGGCCUGGGCCAAGCCCCUGAGCCAGCUCUGGCAGAACCGACCUCCAAAUUUUGAGGCUGAGAAAGAGUUCAACGAGGCCAUGGCCCAGCAGGCCCCUCACUGCGCCGUCUGCAUGAUCUUUCAGACUUACCAUCAGGUGGAGUUUGGAGGUUUUAGUCAGAGCUGCGGCAGCGCUCCAGAUUUGGCCCCCCAGACUCAGAGGACCAAGCCAUUGAUUCCAGAAAUGUGCUUCACCUCGACUGGCUGCAGCACGGACAUCAACCUGUCCACCCCUUACCUGGAGGAGGACGGCACCAGCCUUCUGGUGUCCUGCAAGAAGUGCAGUGUCCGGGUCCAUGCCAGUUGCUACGGGGUACCCCCUGCAAAGGCUUCUGAAGACUGGAUGUGUUCUCGGUGUUCAGCCAAUGCCCUGGAAGAGGACUGCUGUUUGUGCUCGUUACGAGGAGGAGCCCUGCAGAGAGCCAACGACGACAGAUGGGUCCAUGUCUCUUGUGCGGUGGCGAUUCUGGAAGCAAGAUUUGUCAACAUUGCAGAAAGAAGCCCAGUGGAUGUGAGCAAAAUUCCCCUGCCCCGCUUCAAACUGAAAUGUGUCUUCUGUAAGAAACGGAGGAAAAGAACUGCUGGCUGCUGUGUGCAGUGUUCUCACGGCCGUUGCCCAACUGCCUUCCACGUGAGCUGCGCUCAGGCUGCAGGUGUGAUGAUGCAGCCAGACGACUGGCCUUUCGUUGUCUUCAUCACCUGCUUCCGGCACAAGAUCCCUAAUUUGGAGCGUGCCAAGGGGGCCUUGCAGAGCAUCACUGCAGGCCAGAAGGUCAUUAGCAAGCACAAGAACGGGCGCUUCUACCAGUGUGAGGUGGUAAGGCUCACCACUGAGACCUUCUACGAAGUCAACUUUGAUGACGGCUCCUUCAGCGACAAUCUCUAUCCUGAGGACAUAGUGAGUCAGGACUGUCUCCAGCUGGGUCCUCCUGCUGAAGGGGAAGUAGUCCAGGUGAGAUGGACAGAUGGCCAAGUCUAUGGAGCCAAGUUUGUGGCCUCCCACCCCAUCCAGAUGUACCAGGUGGAGUUUGAGGAUGGCUCACAGCUUGUGGUUAAGAGAGAUGACGUGUACACGCUGGAUGAAGAGCUUCCUAAGAGAGUCAAGUCUAGACUGUCAGUAGCCUCAGACAUGCGCUUCAAUGAGAUUUUCACGGAGAAAGAGGUUAAGCAGGAGAAGAAACGACAACGAGUUAUCAACUCAAGGUACCGGGAAGAUUACAUCGAGCCUGCACUAUACCGGGCCAUCAUGGAGUAGGUGCUUCCAGCAGCUGAGAGAGUCCCAGUCAGCAAAGGUGAAAGCACUCUGGGGUUCCACAGCACAGCAGACACUUGGAACUCUAAAGUGAAUUGUAAAAUGAAAAGGAAUGAACUAACCGACCCCAUCAUCUUCUCACCCCACCCUCAUCGCAUUCCGCUGAAGUGCAAGGAUGAGCCCUUCUUGGACAUGUGGCAGCAGACGAUGAGCUCCCAGCUGAUGGGCUAAGCACUGGAAUGCUAUGGCUGCACUGGCCCCAGUCUGCAAUCAACUGUGCUGGCUGGGCUGGUUACCCUGUUCCUGGCCUCGGACUUAGCUUCCUAACGAUCACCUGCACCAACUAGGCAGAGGUGCUGGUGCUUGCCCCCCUAACCCCUUUUGUAUUUAUGUGUGUGGGUGUGGGUGUGUGUGUGGGGUGUGUGUGUGUGGGUGUGUGUUGGUAUGUAUGUUUGGUCUGGACCAGCUUCUGCCAGCCCCUGGCCUUUACUUUCUUCCUUGCCUAUCCAGGGCAACAAAAAUGUGAAAUUCUGCCCUCAGCUGAGCUGAGUAAGGGCCCCUGGGGGUUGGCUGGAGAUGGCUGUGGCAUCUGUCUGUCCCUAGAACUGCCUCAAGGGAGUGGUGGCAAAGCUGCAGUGAUGAGAUGGAGGUGCUGAGGAGUUAAGCCAGCUGUUUACCCUCUCUUGAAGAAGAUAGGGUAACAUGGGUGUGUGUUCCCAUAUCACUUGGGGCACAGAGCGCCUGUGGACAGUAUUAGAGGGUGUGGGUGGGGAAUAAUCCGAAGGGAGAUCUAAUAAUGGAAGCAGGCAGAGCCUGGCGAGUGAUUCUGUCGACGGAAAAUUGCAAUCAUGCAGGGCCUGGGAGGGUUAAGAUGAAUUGGGGCCACUGGAGGCCAGGGGCAGGUUUAGAUAACGCCCCUUGGUCUAGGGGUGGGAGGGAGCUGAUUUCAGGGGUGGGGGCGGGACUGGAGGGCAACGCUGAAGGGGUUAAACAGGUUUUUGCUCCUCAUGAAUUUGUUUGCCUGGGCCCAGGAUUGGAGGGCUUCACACUUAUACCCUGUGUAUACAAGAAUCAGAUUUAUAAUACUCCCCGUUUUUUUGUUACGUAUGAACGCUAUAAACCAAAUUAUUUUGAAAACUGGUGCAUCACCUUGUCCUUAGCAAUAAAAUGUGUUGAGCAGAGGA